GAUCGACCCGCCGCGCGGUUUGGACGAUUCCUUGCCGCGCAUCCACCAUGAAGGAAUACUUGGUCUUUUUCGUGCAUCGACACUUGGACUUCCGCUUUCCAGAGCUCGAUGCACUUCUCACAAUGCAGUCGCUCGUUCCCGAGGACUGCUACACUCGUGAGCUGAACCCGUUAAGCUCGCCGCUUGUUCAUGUGAAGCUUCCGUCUGAACAACAUGCCAAAUUCCUUUCUCAGCGUGGGAUCUUAGUCAAAGGCGUGUACGAAAUGUGGGGCCACGGUCAAACCUACGACGAACUCGUUACGUCUGUCAAGGCGUAUGCCGAGAAGGACAUCUUCGUGUCGGACGAAUCGCUGAGCUGGAAAAUCCAGGUCGACGCAUUCGGACUCAAGUUGAGUAUGGAGGAACAGACAGCUCGCCGUGAAAAAUUCCGCCACGUUUUGCCAUUCGCCGGCCCCGUCGCCAUGAAAAAUCCGGCGUUGACGUUCCUCAUUCUGGAGGAUAUUGGCGUAGACCAACAAAAGACUGAGCCGGACCGCAUCUUCUUCCUUCGUGCUUUGGCCGGUGGAGAAAAGAAUCGGGGGCGUGGUGGCGCACGGGAUCUCGUUGACAUGCAAACCCUCAAGCGUCGCGAAUACAUUGGCCCGACGUCCAUGGAUGCUGAAAUGGCCCUCAUUAUGUGCAAUAUGGCGCUUGUUCAACCUGGCAGUCUCGUCAUCGAUCCGUUCGUGGGGACGGGGAGUGUACUUGUCCCCUGCACAACUUUUGGGGGCAUUUGCUUUGGCACCGAUAUCGAUUCCCGCGUGCUGCAUGGGAAGGACGGCAAAACGAUCAAGUCCAACUUUGACCAGUACAACCUGCGUGUGCCAGACCUCAUCCGCGCCGACAACUCGCGGUCCCCGUUGCGAUGCCCCCACUACUUUGAUGCUGUCGUAUGCGAUCCCCCGUACGGCAUCCGCGCUGGCGCUCGAAAGAGUGGACGACGAGAGGGUCCUCCAGAGAACUCGACGGCGGUCCAGCCAUCACCACAGCUCGCUACAGAUGGCCCAGUCCCGACUAAAACUGUCAAACCCAAGUACGGCCCGCGGCACAUCCCUGAGGAAUGGCUUGAAAACCACAUUCCCGCCACACAGCCGUAUGCGGCCGAGGACGUGAUGCGAGACCUUCUCGAGUUUGCGGCCAAGAACUUGCGAGUGGGCGGCCGCGUCGUCUACUUGCUCCCGACGACGUACGACUACACGGACGCCGAUCUGCCGACUCAUCCGCAGCUUCGCGUGGUGGCCAAUUCGGAAGAGCGUCUCACGAGUAAAUACGCGAGGCGCCUCAUCACGAUGGUCAAGACGGUCGAGUUGCAAGGCACGACGAGCAACCUGGACGACGGGUUCAAGUCGGACUUUAGUUUUGCCAAAUUGCGAGAGAAAAUCAUUGCGUCGAAUAAGAAGCCGAAAACGUCGACGGAUUAAAGCGACGAAUGAGGAGUGUCGAGAUGCACGACGAGUUUGCCAAUGUUCUUGCGCGCGUACAGGUACUCGAUGGCGUCAGCAACGCUGUCUAGGCCGCUGAACUUGGCUGGGUCCACACCCGAAUUAAGCAAGCCGUGGCGAACCAACGUCGCGAGCUUCCGGGCAUGCGUAGUACCAUGGGUCUUGAUGAAAUGGUUGAGGAAGAAUCCACGCACGGACGCGGAUUUGCUCAAGAGGGUAGAUGCAAAGGGCGACGAGGUGCUACCUCCCGACCACGACGACGAGUCAGCGUAACCCGAGAUGGACCCGAUUACGACCAAACGUCCAUGCUUGGCCAAGUUGUUCAUGCAAGUCUAAAGCCAUCGAAAUUUGGCAAUUUUCUG